CAUGCAGUAUUUUAACAUCUACGUUAUAAUUUUCUUUCCCUUUUAUUGCGAAUUUAAUUUUGGUCUUUUUGGUAUUUUAUAGUAAAUGCAGGAAAAAUGUCUAUAGUUAUUGAAACUACGAUAGGUGAUAUUACAGUCGAUCUAUUUGUGGACGAACGCCCUGUUUCUUGUUUGAAUUUCAUUAAGCUAUGCAAAAUUAAAUACUACAAUUAUAAUCUAUUCCAUACUAUCGAGCGAGGUUUUAUUGCACAAACCGGUGAUCCUACUGGCGUGAGUAAUGGCGGUAGUUCGAUUUGGGGUGAAUUAGACGGAGUUGGAAAGCGAUUUUUCGAAGCAGAAUCAUUACCAAAGAUUUAUCAUGCAUCUGCUGGACUUCUGUCGCUGGUUUCAGCUGGGAAAAACUUAGUAGGGUCACAGUUUUUCUUCACAUUGGCACCAAAUUUAUCUUCUUUGGAUGGUAUACACUGUGUUAUUGGCGAAGUGGUCGAAGGUCACGAGACGCUUAGGAAAUUAAAUGAGGCAAUUGUAGAUGAAAACUUUCGGCCGUAUCAAGAUAUUCGUAUUACUCACACCGUCAUAUUAGAAGAUCCUUUUCCAGACCCACGUAAUUUAAGAUUGCCAAGUCGGUCGCCGUCGCCCACUGCCGAACGCUUACAAAAUGGUCGUAUUGCAGCAGAUGAGGAUAUUAAUGAUGGAGAUGAUAAAACUGCAGCAGAAUUACAAGAGAUUCUCGCCGAGCGUGAGGCAAAAGCACGCGCAACCAUUCUUGAGAUUGUUGGUGAUUUGCCCGAUGCAGAAAUGGCGCCACCAGAGAAUGUGCUAUUCGUUUGUAAAUUGAAUCCAGUCACAACCGAUGAUGAUUUAGAAAUAAUAUUUAGUCGUUUUGGUAAAGUAAAAAGUUGUGAAGUAAUUCGUGAUAGAAAAACAGGCGACUCAUUGCAGUAUGCAUUUGUUGAGUUUGAGGAUCAGAAAGCGUGCGAGGCGGCUUAUUUUAAAAUGGAUAACGUACUAAUUGACGAUCGUCGUAUACAUGUGGACUUUUCUCAGUCAGUUGCGAAAGUGAAAUGGCGGGGGAAAGGGCGUGGAGUUGAAGGUUCGUUGAAAAACAGUGAGUUUGAUAACUUACGGGAGCCUAUCAAAAAACAGAAAACGAACGACAAAGUUGGAAAUGGAGAUGAAAGGGAGCGUGCGAAUCGUAUGAACUCAACCGAGCGUCGUUUAGCACGUGAAGAGCGUCACCGUGAGCAACGAGACAGGGAACGCCAUCGAAGAGAUAAUCACAGAUAUAUACGAGAUCGUUCGAAUUAUGAAAGUCAUUGGCGCAGACAAGAACGAUCAUUUGAUGAAAACAGCAGACAUCUACGUAGAAAGUCGCCUAGUCGUAGUGGAGAACUGCAAAAAAAAUAUUCACCAGAAAGACAAAGACACAACAAAUAUACAGAAUCAUCAGACAAACGGUAUACUUACGAUAAAACUAGACAGCGGGAUUAUGUUGACCCCAGAAGUAAUGGAAGUAAACUAGAUAAGAAACGACAUUCAGAAAGAAGUGAUGACAGAUUAAGAUCUAAAUAUAAAUCGAAGCGCAGUAGAAGAGUAAGCACAUCAUCAAGUGAUGACAGCGAUAGCUCCAGUAGCGAGUCGAAAAGUGAAUCAUCCAGCACAGACACCAGUACCAGCAAUGAUAAAUCAAGUGAUUCAUCUACUAAAGGAAAACGGCAGAAACGUAAAAAUAAAGUAGUUAAAAAGAAAAAGGCUAAAAGCAAGUCUCAUAAAAGUAAAAGAAAGCAUUCGAAAUAAAAUACGUCGAUUUUCAAUUAA